UACAGGAAGCAGAACACCAGAUGAAACUAGAGGACAUCAAAAAUGAGGUGGAAAUGCGUGACUCUCAGUUAUCAGAACUGGAUAAUGAGUUGUCAGGAUUGAAACAAAAUGUGACCCAACUKGAAGAUGAAUUACAGGAGAAAGGCUAUCAGAUUUUGAAAAUAAGAAGAGAAACCAAUUCACAAAUCAGGAAACGAGAGGAGCAUCUUGGUAAGCUUCAUCAAAAAGAAGUAGAUUCGCUGUCAUCAGAUCAUUUGAAGGAAACACAAGCAUUAGUUGAAGAGUUUAACCGAGCAAAAGAUUUACAAAACAGCAAGAUAUCAGCUCUGCAACUCAUGUUGGAUGAGGCAGAGAUUCGUUUCCAAAACAGAGAAUCCAGACCAGAAGACAUGGAAAUGUUAGAUACAUUAAAGAGAGCUUUAGCUGACAGGGAACUGGAGAUGAAGAAACUCCUGGAAGAAAAGCGUUAUUUCCAGAUGGAACUCCUCAACAGAGAGACCAACUUUAACAAAGUGUUCAAUUCAUCACCACAAGUUGGUGUCAUUAAUCCUCUCAAUUCCAAGACAAGCAUUAAGAAAACUGUCAAUAAGAACACUGGAAUACUAAUGAGCUCCUCAAGACUGGACCCUAUUCCAAACAUGCCUUUACAUGAGAGAAGACUUACAAAAACAAAACCUCUCCCACCCACCCCUCCUAAGGAUGGGCAGAGAAGACCUGUGGUUUACUAAAAUUUAUCAUCUAUUUUAUUUCCAUUAAAACUAGAAUUUGGUAUUUGUAAAUUGUUGUAAAUGACUUUGUAAAAUAGAAAAAAAAUUCUAUAUUUAAUCUUGUAAAUAUUGUUUUUCUAAAAAAGAUUGAUGAUACAGCAAUAGUGUAUAUAAUCUAACAAUAAAAGUUUACAAAAAUGAUAACAUUUUGAAUGUAUCUUAUUUAGUAUGGCAAACACUGGUACACUGUGCAGUAUCGGACAACAUAUUUUACACCAUUCUUGYAUCCAGAUUAUCAGAUCAUGCUCAGUUUUCUCAUCAGAAAAAUAAAGGCUGUGGU